AGCCGCCUGACGGUGAGUGAUCGGCAUGGAGAUGCUUCGGAGUGCCAGGCAGAGGCAUAACGCUUCGUGCCAGCUAUGGCUCAGCUGCUCUGGCAACUUGAUGGAGAGCAAGGUCUAAUCUGGAACGGGUUUUACCUGCCUUGCAAAGAUGGAAAGCAAGCAUGAUGCUACAAGAAAGGAUUCACUUGCUGAGACGAGUACAUUAUCUAUGUUGGGCGCAUGCAGUCAAGGACAACAAGGAAGCAACGAAUGCGUGACUGAUGAAGCCCAACAGUGUUCUACUGCGCAGCCGUGUGCCCAGCUCCAGCAGCAGGUCGCAGCCGUACCGCUCACCAGCGUCAAGGCGCCGGAUCAAAGCGGCACGAACGAGUUAUCUCCCCGCUCGGCGCAGCCGUCCCUGCUGAAGGCGCGGGAGAUGGCGUCAGCGGCCGCCGAAGAGCGGGCCGAGUCGGAGCCGACCUCCCGCCGCCCGGAGAGUCCGGCGCGCUCAGAGGCUGGGUCACCGGCCCUCCUCGCGAGGCACAUCGCCCUGCUUAUCGAGACGGAGGCCGGCACGAGGCCGCGCAGCUCGGACAUCGGCGACGCCGUCUGCCCUGUCGAGCCAGACACGGGCGCGCCGCGCUGGAGGCCGCCUCCCAUCCAGCGCAAGCGGCGCCAGCAGCUGUUCGCGGCGCUCAGGCUGGCUCGUUCAGACCCCGGUAACCCGCGCAACGACGACACGGCCGACGGUGCGAUCGGCCGCGUCAUGCACCGAUUGCACCCGGCCCUGUACGUGGAGCGCAUGCAUGCAGCUCCCCACAGUCUGUAUGGCUCUACGACGGUGGAGGAGUUCCUACGGUCCGGCGGGCGUCCCGUACACGUCGUCGGUGACUUGUUCCUGGCACCAACGACCAUCCCUCGAGCGACCGCCAAGCAGUUGAUAAGGCAUGGCCAGUACUACCGUGGCCACUCGGUCGCCUGUUUUUACGCCUACCUCUACGCAUUCGAGUUUCUUUUCUUCAUCGAGUACCUGCGUCAAGUGACAUGUCACGACGCAGAGGUGCGCCAGGUGCUGGACCACGUCAUCGACAAGGCACAGAGCAUGCACCUGAUCAUCAACAGCGCCACCCUCUUCAGCCUGAUCCCGGAAGCCAUGUUCACGCAGCGUUCGCCAUUUCGCUUCAUGGCGCGUCUGUUCCCGAUGGAAGAGCCAUGGGAAGUGGACCUCCUCUGCGACAUGAUCAACUGCCGUGACAUUACGCAGGACGCAAUGGAAGCGUUCGCCAGCCGCCAGCACUUUUUCUUCUCGGAGCAGCGCGACAUGUGCCGCCGGGCGCGCGAGGCCGGCCAACAGCGCCCCAUCUUCCACCCCCGUGUGCUGGCCGCGCCCGACUCGUCCAACGUCUUCGACGAGUCCCUUCAGGCCGAGUGGUUCUUUUCGCACGGUAUGAUCGUAUUCGGCGAGCGUGGCACCACGUACUCGGGAUUGCGCACCCACAGCCGCCACCGGCCGCUGUGCAGCCUGGGAGCCGAGACGGUGCUGAAAGGCUCGGUCGGCCGCCACGCGCUGGUCCGCCUGCACCAUGACGUGUACAUGCUGGGCGCGCCGCUGGCCGACCUGCGCCUCCGCCAGUGCCGCUACCCCAGCCCCGCCGAGGUGCGCGUCCACGUCGAGAUCGGCUUCUUCGUGGAAUCGCAGAGCUUCGCCCAGUUCGUGACGUUGCGUCCAGCGCAGGGUGGACUGAAGCAUGGCAAGGCUUUGAAAGAAGCUGUGACGCCCGACAAAUAG